GACCGUGAUUGGUCAAUUGAUCCAACAAGGAAGCAAAAGUAGAAACCAAUCACAUUAGAUAUCGGAUCCAGUGUGAAUCCCGCAUUAGAUUUCCCACACCUAUUGUAAAUCCGGCCUUAAGAAAGAUCUAUAAUUCACGGUCGCUCCGAGAGAGGUCUCCACAGUUUCUCCUGCCGCCGGUUAAAUGUUUGGACGCGUAUAUGCGCGGUUCGAAUUUCAACCGGUCGUAAAUAUUUUUCAAUCGCUUUUAUCGCGCGUCGUUCGCCCUCGCGCGCUCGAGUUUCCGCUCCGAUCGAGAGAACGUAACACGUGUGCGCCGGCGACGCGCUGCCAGCCACGCGAUUGGUAUUAAUUAACGCGGUUUUUUCGUCGCGGUGUGGAAGUCCGUGUCGCAGAAUGGCUGUUAGCGCGUCCUUUCACCGAAACGUCUUUCUACUGAGUCAAUUGGUCCCGCCGGACCGAUCACUUUACGACUUCGAGAAAAUCUUUCGCGAGGGAAUGUUCGACAAACCAAACACCGCAGGAUUCAUAUGCGUCUCGCAUUAUCUGCUGACGAUAUACGACGCCGAGCGUUUUCAGAAGCUAGUCGAGUGGCCGGUGAUGUGCAAGAACAGCGAGACCAAGUAUCGCAACAAUGUCAAGGACUAUUUAAAUGCCAUCGCGUUGGAGAAUCCUGACGUGGGAUUCCCGCGUGUGGUCACUACGCAUUUGUAUCACGCAAGUGGUACCAAGUUCAUGGCUAUAAUGUGGAAGCUGUCGCAGCUUGCGACGAGGACUUACAUCAUGCGCAACGACGAAUACAACGUUGUAUUUGUACCGAAAUCGAGUCCUGCUAGUGACUUGGCUAAAACGUACCUACAGCAGUCCACAGCAAUUAUCAGCCGUAACACAUCGGAUCGUCGUCGACGUUGCGUACAAAUGGAAGAAGUUGCAAAUUCCGCAUUAGCAGAGGAAAGAGAAUAUCUGUCCAAAAUUAAAACGGAACUGUUGGACAAGAAACAGUCUCUGGCAAAAUCUGCGUCUGCAGCCCCUAUUGCCGAAUCUAUAAAGCAACGUUUGACAAAUGUCGAAGAUACAGAGAUCAUAUCAAUGUGGAGAGAUAGUUUAGACGAGAACAUACAAUACAUACAAAAGCGGAACGCGAAGUUGAAGGAUCUGGAAAGAGUGUGUGAGAAUACAAGUAGCAUAAUAUCGAAUCUGUUGAACGAUACGAAAGCGUUGGAUAGCAAGCAGCUGGAAAAAAUCGAUUGUUCUCUGCUAUCGGAAUUAACGUUUCCACCUGAUGUUCAGUAUUGUCUUUAUCAUUUGUAUAAUGAUAACAAUUUGGUAUACCACAAUUUCGUUCAGCUAUUCACUUUGGUAUUAUAUCAAAUGUAUCAAUGCUUGACGAAAGGACACUUGGUAAACCUAUCGCAGUGUCUCUUGCAAGUGGAGGCGAGUACAGAAGACAUGAAAUCCAUGUGCAAUGUAUUCAAAACUUUUUUAGCAAAUUUGGAAAGUUCUAUGGAGGAAACGCAAAGCGUUUCGUGUAUGAGAGGUGUAGAGCGCGUGUCCGGGAAAAUUAAGUUACCCUUCGAAGCAAACCUGCUCCUUAUGCCCUCGCCUCCUAUCAAAAUUAAUACUUGCCCAAAUGAAAGGAACGAUAUACAAUUAGUGCAAUUUACUCCAGGUGAAAAUCCACAUAAGUCAUUAUUUACGAGAUAUAUGCGGCACAAGCGGAAUUGCACGCCAGAUUUAAAAACGAAUUUAUUUAUAUCGCGCAUCAACAUCGACAGCAGCAUAUUGUUAGAUAGUAAUGAGAAACUAUUGAAUAUGCGCUUUGUGACGCCGAAGGUGAAACGAUUGUGUAAGAAAAAAACGGAAUACUCCCGAUUAUUUUCUACUUGUAUGACAAAAAAUAUAAAAGCCGAUUCUAGCCUAUUUUUGUCAUCUACUGCGCAAGUCAAUUCUUCUGGCGUUGCACAUAAACGACAAAUGUUCAGAUGUUCAUCGAAGCUUAGUUUAGAUGCUGUUACGGAGGGACCUUUCAAUUUGAGCGAAGAGUCGUUCAAAACUUGCAACUCACCUGCACAAUGUACUCCGAUAAAACAAACCAUCUCACAAGUCACGUCACGACAACAAGCGCAAGAAACAUUUGAUUGCGAAAUCAAGGUAAACAAACCUGAAUUGGAUGAGUUUACAGAAGUACAGUUUGUAAAUGACGACAGCAAAGGCAAAGUUGUAAAAUAUGACAGUUCGAAUAAGCGGGCGUCUAUUGGCGACUUGGUGGAACGUUAUAAGAAGUUGCUGGAAGUCGGCAGUUCUGUUACAAGAGAGUUAGAAAACAAGUGCACAGAAUAUGAAAUUGAAUAACAAAAAAAGAAAAGUUACUUUUCCAUUUUUUGUAAAUUGAAUGAUUUCCAUUAUUAAAAAAUAACAGAAAAUACUAGUUGAGAGUUCACUUGGUUUAUUCAUAAAGUUAUUCAUUAAAAUCUAUGAAUAACAAAUAUAAAAUCUAAUGUACAAUAUUCCAUACGAAUAAUUCAGUAUAUUUAUGUGAAAAUGUAUGAUAUGUUUUGUUUCUUUUAAAGAUAGCUUGUAUGUAGUUUUAGAACAAGAUGUCAAUAAGAAACAAUAUAAGAGUAUUAACAAGUUCGUUUUCUCAAAGAUCUGUGUGACAGACACUGAAAAUUUGCGUAAAGAAUGAUAAAAAGAUUUCAAUAUAUUUAGGCGCUACGAUACUAUAUUUUUCUACAAAAGAAAGACAAGAAAGACGAGGAGUUGUGGUACUAACAUUUUCUAUUUCGUGUAGUGAAACUUAUUGUAUAUUUUUUUAUAACAUUUAUAUGUAUAUAUUAUAGAGUGUAAAGAUAUAGUCAUGAAACGUAUUAUCGUGUUACAAACUAACGUACAUCGUUACGAAAUAAUUUUGUGUAAAACUUUAAAAAAUUGUCUCUUUUGUACAAACGAUAUUUUCGCCUUCUUUAUCUGAUUUCUCAUAUCAGUGCAGUUUAGAUAAGGAAUGGCGUGUUUUAUCUUAUAUAUAAAUUUAAAAACAGUUUCUGCUUAUUGUUUAUACACAAUUGAAUACUUUUAUCCUCGAGAUUCUCGGUAUAUCAAUUCUAAUAAAUUAGUUCUAUAUCUCUUGGUAUUUGUCAUCCAAAAGAUAAUCAAUGUAUUUUUUACUAUUUCAUCAAAUAACACUAUUAAAUUUAUGAUAUUUAAUACAACAAGUUUAUUCACAUAUUGCAUUUGGAGUGCUACGUAUUUUCUUGUAACAUAUUUGCAAUACUAGUUAAAAAGAAAUGUAUACAUUAAAAACUAUUUUUUGCAUUCCGAAUUCUAUAUGUUGCAUUAAAUGUUACAUCGCUCACUUACAUCUGAUAUUGAUCAAUAAUGUAAAAAGGCACAAUGGUGGCAUUAUUCUUAAUAUACGUACGUUGAUGAAAAGGGUUUCAGAAAAGGGAUCUAAUUAUAAUUAGUCGGUAUAUGUAACAUAUGCGUUGAUUGUUAUGUAAUUGUAUUAACCAAUUACAAUCUUUGUUAAUUUCUAAUGUGCAUUUCUGGUAUUUCAAAAAAUAUAUUGGUACUUUCUUUUGUUCUUUCAGUCGUCUAUACAUUUUUACUAUUUCUUAUUUUGCGUUAAUAAAAUGCGUGAUUUUCUUUUAUUACUAGAAACUGCAGAAUGCAAAUUAGGUGUAUGUAUAAUGAUACAUGCUUCGUGAAUUUUGGCAGAAUUUCAAGUCGUCUGUAAUUAACUUUCUUUUCAAUCCUUCGAAUGUAUUGUUUAGAGAUAUUUCUCGAAUGAUAUUCCAAUAAGCUUUUCUUAUUAUUCAUAAUAUUCGAGAUAACAUAAGUUCGAUAAUAAUUUGUAAAAAUAUUUUUCUAUAGAAUUUUCAUAUCUCUUUUAUAUCUCGUUCGGUACGGUAUACAGUCAUUUUCAUCGGCCGAGUGUG